GAUUCAGUAACACAAGGAUUGGGUAUGGGUAGUCACCCAACACACGCUAUCACCAAAGGGUGACACGGGGUGAUAUGAGGCCACACCCGGUGGCCUCUGAUCUGGACAGACCGAAGACACUGUGAUUUGCACUGUCAGGCCAGGGUCUUACGAAGCACACAGUGUGUGUGUCAGAGAAGCUCCCAGGGAUGUGUGUGAUUUUGCACAUGCAUACAUCUGGAAUGCAGGCGCAUCCUGGGAGCCUCUCACACAGUUCGCUUCGGUUCCCAGGCCACCUCCGCCUGGAGGUUCCAAAGGGUGUCCAGGGGAGAGGCAGGUGUAGGAACAAGUACUGGAUCCGAGGCUGCGGACACUGCGAGCCUAAAGACCUCCUGUGGCCAGGCCACAUGGUGCUAGCUCAGAACACACCAAGAGCACCUUCUUAAGUGGGUCGUGGGGCCCAGGACCUGAGGGGAAGGAGUAUUUGCCAUGCCCCCUCUCUCCUUAUGGUCCCUUAUGGACGUAGGGAGACCACAUAGGGUCAGCUACUUCCUGGGGGCCCCCCGCGCCCGCGUCCUCCAUGUGCGCAUGCGCCCUAGAGUCUGGCCGUUCGCUGCCCAACGCCCAGCACGCGCCCUAGUAGGCGCAAGCACUCAGGGAGCCCUCUGGGGACUAGCUGGAGGGACGCGGCAGCAGUGAUUUCGGGCCAGGUCCUUAUCGUGGAGCCCAGGCAGGUUGUGCCCCCGCGGGCUCCUACGCGCCCCUCCAGGCCGGGUCUCCUGAGCUCAGCUGGUCCUACCCAUCCCCCCCGCCCGGUCCCGUGUGGCCCCUACCUCUGCCCACCGCGCCGGUCACCAUGAGCUGGGUACCGCCGCCCGGGACCUGGCUGGCGCUGCGGGUGUGCUCGGUGGACUCGCGCCCCGACUCGGUGCCCGCGGUGCUGCGGAUGCGGCCCGGAGGCCCCAAGGCGAACGGCGAGGCGCUGAGCUGCGUGCUGGCCGGCCUGGUGCCUGCCGGGUACGGCGCGGGGGAGCCGCCGCGCUGGGCGCCGGACGCCGUGAGCUUCCUGAGCGCCCUGCGGGGCCGCGAGAUGCGCGGCCGGAUAGCGGAGGUGCUAACCUCGCCGCGGCCGCUGGUGUUACUGGACUUGCCUGCCGUGGCGCAACGCAUGCAGGAGCUGGGCCUGGCGCGCCAGGUGCCCGACAGCCUCUUCCGCCCUCUGCUGGAGCGCCACCUGCUGCGCCGCGCGCCCGAGCCACCCGGCCCCGACUACUUCUACCCGCAACUGCAGCGAGGCGUCACGGAGCCCGUGGUGGUCACGCACGUGUGCCACCCGCUGCGCGUGCACUGCCAGCUCCGCGGGCUGGCGCAGGAGAUCCGCCUGCUGUCGGAGAGCAUGGCACAGGCCUACGGUGGCGCCCCGGGAACGCCUGAUGUUGCCAGGCCGGGGGCCCCCGAUGACAGCCCGGAUGACAGCCCCGACGAGAGCCCGGAUAAGCCGGGUGCACCCUGCGCCGCCUGCGGGCCCGACGGGCGAUGGCACCGGGCGCUGCUACUGACCACGCUGCGGGCGCGGCGCUGUGCGCAGGUGCUGCUCGUGGACCUGGGGCGCCAAGAGCUCGCGAGCCGCGCCCGCUUGCGACCCCUGCUGCCUGAGCAUUUCCGCAUGCCGGUGGUCACCUACCCGUGUGCCCUGCUCGGGCUCUGGGAUGGCGGGCGGGGCUGGUCCCGCGCGCAGGUCCGCGAACUGCGGGCGCUGCUGCUGGACCGUGCGUUGAGUGCUAAGAUCGAGUUCUACUGUGCCUUCGAGCAUGUGUACUAUGUCACCCUGUAUGGCGAUGACGGCGUCAACCUCAACCGUGUGUUCGGGGAGCAGACGUGCUCCUUGACCGACCAGUUCCUGCAGAGCUCAGGAAAGGAAGAAGAGGAAGAGCAGGAAGAAGACGAUGAAGAGGAUGGAGAACAGGAGGAGGACCCAGGAACGCAGGUGGGGGCCCCGGACGCUGCCCUCCCAGGCUUAAGGUCGGUCAGGCUGAAGCCCAGCACUUUCUACGAUGCCCAGGUGGAGUUUGUCACCAGCCCCUCCGAGUUCUGGAUCCGCUUGAAGAAACACAGCAGCCCCUUCAGCAGGCUAUCGAGGAGGAUGUGCAGUUUCUACACCCUGGCCAGCAAGCUGGAGGGUGUUGUCCUGAAACCUGAGGCCGAAGACCUCUGCUGCGUCAAAUGGAAAGACAAUGGCUAUUACCGGGCCAUUGUCACCAAACUUGGUGACAAGACUGCGGAGGUCUUCCUGGCUGACCGGGGCAACACAGAGCAAGUGGACUUGGGUGAUCUACGGAUGCUGCUCGCCCAGUUCAGGCGGCUGCCCGCGCUGGCCCUGAAGUGCACCCUUGCGGAUGUGUGGCCUUUGGGAACAGCUUGGAGCCAGGAGGCGAUCUCCUUCUUCAAAAAGACUGUGUUGCACAAAGAGCUGGUCAUCCACACCCUGGAUAAGCGAGCGCAGCAGUAUGUCAUAGAGAUUCUGGAUGAGUCAAGAACAGGGGAAGAGAACAUCGGGAAGGUGAUUGCUCAAGCUGGCUAUGCCAGGUAUCAGGAGUUUGAUGCCACAGAAGGCAUGGCAGUCCAUGCGCACUCCCUGGAGCGAAAUUCAGACCAUUUCAUUGCUGAGAAUGACAAAAUACCUUCUGCCACAAAGGUAGAAGAACAGAUAUCGGAGAGAGAUAAAACUCAGUCUGUUUCAGAAGCUGUGAUAAGUGCAAUCACAGUUAAAAACAUUUCAACUGGAGGAGUUGUACAGGAAAAAGGGAAUGUAGUGUCUGUUUAUUCUUCUCUGACACCACCGGGCUUCUUGACAAUGAAGCUGGGGUCCUCUUCGAUAAAGCUAGAGGUUGGAAGUACAGUAAAGGUCAAAGUGUCUCAUGUUGAAAACCCUGGGGAUUUCUGGUGUCAGCUGGCCAGGAACCUACACAAAUUUAAAGCCCUAAUGUAUGACAUUGAGGACUAUUGCAAAACCACAGCAGCCCCUUACCAGGGGGCCUCCCCUGCUUGUUUGGCAAAGCGGGCAGCAAGUGGAGAGUGGUCCAGAGCCCUGGUGACAGGAGCACUGUCUGAGGAGCAUGUCAGAGUACACUUUGUAGAUUAUGGAGACACAGAUGUGGUCUCUGUGAAGAACAUUUAUUCAACUAGUGACAGGUUUCUCAAGGUUACAGGUUUGGCUUUCCGGUGUAGUCUUUAUAAUUUAAUUCAACCAACUGGUGAAAGUCCCUUUGUUUGGGAUGAAAAGGCGACACAAGCCUUCAGUGAAUUUGUGCAUAAUGCACUGCAAAACUAUCUAGAAUUAAAAUGCACAAUAUUUGCCGUGGUCUCGGUACAUAAUGAACAGUUUAAUGUUGUGGAUUUGCUGACACCUUUUCAGAGCGCAUGCUACACUUUGGUAGAAAAGAGACUUGCAAGACCUGUAAACCUUCAGAAGCCUCUGGAGUCUUCUGUUCAGCUACAUUCCUACUACUAUUCUGCACAUGACGUGAAAAUUGGAAGUGAGGAAUCAGUGUAUAUAACGCACGUUGAUGAUCCUUGGACAUUUUAUUGCCAGCUAGCAAAAAAUGUGGAUAUUUUAAAACAUUUGUCAUGUCAUAUAACACAACUAAUUAAAGUUUUACCUAGUACACAAACAUUGUCCUUGACCUGUGGAAGCUUAUGCCUUGCCAGAUAUACUGAUGGCAACUGGUACCGUGGACUAGUGAUUGAGCAAGAACCGACUAAAGUCUUCUUUGUUGAUUUUGGGAAUGUUUAUGUGACAAGUGAUAAUCUGCUUCCAAUUCCUCAUGAUGCAUAUGAAGUUUUGCUUUUGCCUAUGCAGGCUGUGAAAUGUUCAUUAUCUGAUAUUCCUGAUCGAAUGCCAGAGGAAGUUACGUCAUGGUUUCAGGAUACUGUUUUAGAUAAGCCAAUGAAGGCCUUAGUUGUAGCAAAGGAUCCAGAUGGAAGACUGAUUAUAGAGCUAUAUGAUGACUGUAUUCAAAUCAAUGCUAUUAUCAAUGAGAAGUUUGGGCUACUUGGUCACAAAGCUACAACAAGGGGCAAAGAGAAAGAAAGUGAAACACUCCGCUCCACAACUGAAUCUCUCAAAGAAAAUAGUGAAACUGUGAACUUUUCAUCUAUGGAGCAUUCAAGUAAAUCAGCGGAGAACCAGUCACACACUUUAGAGAGUUUGGGAGAAUCAUUCAAGCCUAUGACCAGCUCAUCAUGGAAUAAGCUCAGACAUUUACAAAAUUCAACAAAGACCAACUGUGUCACUCACCAUCAGUGCUCUAUGGGAAACAAAAAUCAACAAGUAUUGCUAUUUACUAGAGAAAAGGAAGACAUUUUUGAUGACCCACCUUUGAAAGCCACAAAACCAGAAGCCAUCCUGUCAGAGAAAAUAGAAGAGUCAUAUAACAAAGAUCUGCCUCUCAAAUUCUAUGAGUUCCCACAGAAGACGAUAAUGCCGGGCUUUAAAACAACUGUAUAUAUUUCACAUAUUAAUGACCCUUCUGACUUUUACGUUCAGCUAACAGAAGAUGAAGCUGAAAUUAAUCAUCUUUCAGAGAGAUUAAAUGACGUGAAAACAAGACCCCAGCAUUAUGCAGGUCCUUUGCAAAAGGGAGACGUAAUAUGUGCCGUCUUCUCCGAAGAUAGUUUAUGGUAUCGUGCUGUGGUCAAGGAGCAAAAACCCGACAACCUUCUCUCUGUGCAGUUUAUUGACUAUGGAAAUAUUUCCAUGGUCCACACUGACAACAUCGGUAGGCUUGACCCCAUGAAUGCAUUGUUACCACAACUGUGCAUUCAGUGUUCGCUAAAGGGACUUUGGGUUCCUGACACUGUCAAGUGCAAAGAAGUGACGCAUUACUUCUCCCAAAGGACGGAUGAGGCUCAGAUAAGAUGCGAAUUUGUUACACUUCAAGAGAAAUGGGAAGUUAUUCUUGCUGAUAAACAUGGGAUUAUAGCAGAAGAUAUGAUUAGCAGGUAUACUUUCAGUAGAGAACCUCAAAUAUGUCUUUCUACCCAAAUAAUUAAAGGUGACUAUGCCAAGUCUGCUCAUAAGUCAGAUAUUGACACUACAGUGUUGCUCAACUGGCAUAAUCCCCAAAUGAAGAUGGUAAGAGCUUAUGCCAUGGUUGUAGAUGGACCUGAGUAUUUCUGGUGUCAGUUUGCUGAUACUGAGAAACUUCGGUAUUUAGAAGUUGGAAUACAAACUGCUACAAAGCAGACCGUAGAUUGGAGAGACAGUGUCCGAUGUCCUCGCAUUGGAAAUCCUUGUAUGGUAAAAUAUAGAGAAGAUGGGCAUUAUUAUAGAGCACUCAUCACUGAUAUUCGUGAAGAUCAUCUUUUGUCUGUCAGGCUUAUAGACUUUGGGAACGUUGAAGACUGUGUGGACCCAAAAACGGUCUUGAAUAUUCCUCCUGAGCUCUUAUCCAUUCCCAUGCAGGCCUUUCCAUGUUGCCUUUCAGGAUUUAACAUUUCAGAAGGCUCCUGUCCUCAACAGGGAAAUGAUUAUUUUUAUGAACUAGUCACAGAAGAUGUGUUGGAGAUAACAAUUUUAGAAAUCAAGAGGGAUGUUUGUGACGUCCCUUUAGCAGUUGUUGACUUGAGAAGCAAAGGUGAAAGUAUUAAUGAGAAAAUGAAGAAAUAUUCAAAAAUUAACAUUGCUAAGAGCUUUCUGCCUUAUCAGAAAGAUGGGCCAGAGAUCAAGGGAGCCCUUGGGUACCCCCAGCCUGAUGUUGGAUUUAAGAAACUAAGUAAUAAAGUUGUGCAAGGUAAAGCCUUGCACGUGGAACCACAAGCAGAUGAGCUUUCUGAAAGGAUUGCAAAAGAUUUAAACAUUGAAACCAAACCGAGCAGAUUCUGUGACCUUGGAACUGAUAACAUUUUUAAGGCUUUUGAAAACCCUUGUGAAGCUGGAACUGGUUCUGUCCUAGAAGCCAGAGAAGAGUGCUACUUGGGUGACCGGGCAGUGUUUGAUGAUGAGUUCCUGGUUACAGAAUUUAACACAUUAUUGCCACGUGCCAGUGAAACCACAGAGAGCUUAGAACUGAAUUCCUUUGAGGUUCCACUUUCCCCUGAUGAAGACUUGAAAGAAUUCGUGGAACUAGAAUCCCUUCAGUUACAGCCUUCUCCCAUCAGGGAUGAAGACAAAGAGGAUCUAAGCCUGCAGCCACCAAUUAUGCCACUCUCCAGAGGCUGUGACACGAAAGCUACCCUGGAGCCAUUUCCAGUGCAGCUUCCCCACAGCUGUGAGUCUGAGACACAGCCAGAAAUGGAACUUCCCAAAGCCCCACUGUCUCCUGAGCACGUUGUGGGCCCCCCGUCUGUACCGGUUGGUGAGAAAGCCCAAGAGGCUGGGUGUGUGGAGGGUGCAAGAGAGGCAGGCUGUGGAAACCCUGUGGAUGACCAGCUCAGGGUGCCCGUGCAUCUCCACGAGGAGAACCGUGACCCCACGAUGCAUGCAGAAACAAGUCUGUUUGAGGAGAAACUCCCAGAAUACAAAAACAUGGAUGCCAUUUCAUCCUUAAUACCUUUGCUCCCUCAAGAAGGACUCAGAGACAGAAAGAAACAAAGUCAUGCUUCACCAGAUAGUGGCUUAGCUCCAAUGCAGAACACUUACACUCUGAAAGGAUUUACUGUUGGAUCCAAAUGUGUUGUGUGGUCGAGUCUCAGAAACACAUGGUCUAAGUGUGAGAUUUUGGAAAUAGCCGAAGAAGGCACAAAGGUUCUGAACCUUUCAAAUGGCGUGGAAGAGCUGGUGAACCCAGAGGAUGUCUGGAAUGGCAUUCCCAAAUCAGAAAAGAGUCCAUCAGAGGCUUCAUUCCAAACACCGGAGAAAGGUCUUUCAUUCCUGUCAUUGGAUGACACUGCAUCUCAAGAUGAAGGUGUUUCUCUUCUUGUCUCAGAAGAGGAGUCUGGAGGUGACCUUGGUUUUUCUGAGGACCCAGACAGUUGCUCAAGUGGUGUCUCACCCGGACCAAAAAUACCGGAGAAGGCCGGCAGCACAUCACCACAGGAUAUUGUCACUUUUGAGAACUGAUGUGUGUUAAGAACAAAAUAGGCCUGUGGUUGGCUGUAGAGUGUAUUUACAGUGUGACUCUUGUAUUUAUGGAUUUGGGAUCUUUCCUCUACCUUUAAUUAUUUUUAUGUUUCUAUUCAGCGGGGAGGAUUUACAUUGCUAAACAAUUUUGUUAACAUAUUAUUCAUGUUUCAAAAGUAAAACCAUUGACAUCUUUUUAAUAUAAUGUUUAUAUUCAAAUAGAAAAAUACAGGUUUGUGACAAGUCUGUUACAUGGCCUUAUUUAGUAUGGCUUUGUUAGCAGUAACUUCUUCAGAAUUUUUAUUUGAGUUUUGAAUUUUGCUUUGUCUUUCUAGUUAAAUGUUUAUUAUUAUUAUUAUUAUUCUGUUUGCUUAUGUAACACGAGAUUACAAUAAAGUUUAUCC